AUAAAGUCAUAAUAGAGAACCCUACGUUGGAGUUGUUGUCUUUAUCUACAAUAACACAAUCAUUACAUAUAUAAAAGGUUGAAAAAACUUCGUGACGAGCCCCUGUGUUUCAGGUGUGAAAUUCUCGACCCGGCAUAUCGCAACUGAGAUUUGUUUCCCCCGAAAAUCAAACGCGGAUUCGGCAACAUCCAUUUGUCUUUUUACCCAAUUCUUUAAUUUAACUGGUUCCCUUACGCUGGUUGAUGGUAGAUGAUCGUGAUCAACGUCCAAUGUCUUUAUGCAUAUCACUAGACAACUUUUUACACGUGCAGCGGGGGGAUUAAUCAGGAUGUGUGAAGAAAUCAGUCCCAAUAUUGCGAAAGAGAUAUCUAACAAUGUGGACAACUUUUUAUUUGACUGUGAUGGUGUGUUAUGGAAUGCUAAUGAAGUAAUUCCCGGAAGCCUAGAAACUGUGAAAGGACUAAAAGCUUUGGGGAAGAGAGUAUUUUACAUCACAAACAACAGCACAAAAACUCGGGCUGAGUAUGCUGAAAAGUGUGUCAAGCUCGGAUUUCCUGCAUCAGAGGAGGAGAUUGUGUGUACAAGUUACAUUUCGGCCCUGUACCUACAUAAUAUGAACUUCCAAGGAAAGAUUUACGUUGUUGGCAAUCCCAGCAUGGGAGAAGAGUUGGAUAGGUUUGGUCUGAAGCACACAGGAAUUGGUCCAGACCCUCCCGACGAUAACCAAGCAGGGCUACAAGUUGUGUCCGGAUUUACCCUUGACCCUGCGAUAAAAUGUGUCUUGGUUGGAUUUGACAAAUAUAUUUCUUAUCCCAAAAUGAUGAAAGCUGCGUCAUAUGCCAGACAGAAGGAUUGUAUCUUUCUAGCCACCAAUGAAGAUACCCAUCUCCCUAUGGAUGUGCCUUUUGUUAUUCCAGGGACGGGGACCAUUGUUGCCUCUGUAAAGGUUCCUGCCCGGAGAGAACCUCUAGUGAUGGGGAAACCAGAAACCAACAUGUUCAGAUGUCUACAGAAGGCCCACAAUCUGGACCCAGCCAGGUGUAUGAUGGUGGGAGACAGUUGUCAUACAGACAUUUCAAUGGCCACAGUUAGUGGGAUGCAGUCCCUUCUGGUCCUGACCGGGGUCUCCACCCUGUCCAACGUAGAGACCUACAAGGCCUCGGGGGAUUACGUACCCACCUACUAUGCCAACAAAUUGGCCCUCUUAAGGUGUAACACUGACAUAUCCAUGGCCACAAACUGUGGGAUGCAGUCCCUUCUGGUCCUGACCGGGGUCUCCACCCUGUCUGACGUAGAGACCUACAAGGCCUCGGGGGACCCCACCCAGGCUUCUUACGUACCCACCUACUACGCCAACAAACUGGGUCAGCUCGGGAAACUCCUAGGAUUCAAUAUACCAUAGAGAAUAUAGGAAAGCAAUUAGAAACUUCUAUUAUAAAAAUGAUGUAAUUUUUUAUAAUUUUUUUUUAUCCAGAUAUCAAUUAUUCCUUUGUAAUAUCAGCCAUAACUGUACAUGUAUAUAUGAAUCUGGUUGAUUUUGAUAGAAUGUUGAACGAAUUUUACAAUUGUUAGAUAACCAAGAUGUUUAAAUGUUACAAAAAUAAAAUUUUGUAUGAUAUAUGUUC